UGAUUUCACUUUGGAAACCCUAGUCACACCCAUCUCUCUUUCUCACCCCCCUUUUUCUCCAUUUUCUCUCUCCCAUGGCGUCUCGUAGGCUCAUACCCUCUUUCGCCCGUGCACUCCGCCGAUCCUCUCGUCCAUCUUCUCUCUCCACCCCCAAACCUUCCGCACAUCACCGCCCUUCCGCUCGCGGCUACCUUCUCAAUCGCGUUGCUGAUUACGCCACAUCUUCCUCUGCUGCAGCCCAGCCUUCUUCUUCGCCUGCUAAGUCUGGCAGCGAAGGUGCCGGCAAGAUCACCGAUGAGUUCACCGGAAAAGGCUCUGUCGGAAAGGUAUGCCAGGUCAUCGGUGCUGUUGUUGAUGUCAGAUUUGACGAAGGUUUACCCCCGAUCUUGACUGCCCUUGAGGUGCUUGAUAAUGAGACGAGGUUGGUUCUUGAGGUUGCGCAGCAUUUGGGGGAGAAUAUGGUUAGGACUAUUGCUAUGGAUGGUACUGAAGGUCUUGUUCGUGGUCAACGCGUUUUGAAUACUGGAUCUCCUAUUACUAUUCCUGUUGGAAGAGUUACCCUUGGUCGUAUUAUGAAUGUCAUUGGGGAGCCAAUUGAUCACAGAGGAGAACUUAAGACCGAUCACUAUCUCCCUAUUCACAGAGAGGCACCUGCCUUUGUUGAACAAGCUACUGAGCAGCAGAUCCUUGUUACUGGAAUUAAGGUUGUCGAUCUCCUUGCUCCAUACCAAAGAGGAGGAAAGAUUGGGCUUUUUGGAGGGGCUGGUGUUGGGAAAACCGUGCUUAUUAUGGAACUUAUCAACAACGUUGCCAAAGCUCAUGGUGGUUUCUCUGUGUUUGCUGGAGUUGGUGAACGUACUCGUGAGGGUAAUGACUUGUACAGAGAAAUGAUUGAGAGUGGUGUUAUCAAGCUUGGUGACCAACAGGCUGACAGCAAAUGUGCUCUUGUCUAUGGUCAAAUGAAUGAGCCUCCAGGUGCCCGUGCCCGUGUUGGUCUUACUGGACUGACUGUCGCUGAGCACUUCCGUGAUGCUGAGGGACAAGAUGUGCUUCUCUUUAUUGACAACAUUUUCCGUUUUACCCAAGCUAACUCAGAGGUGUCUGCUUUACUUGGACGUAUUCCCUCAGCCGUCGGUUACCAACCAACCUUGGCUACCGAUCUUGGAGGUCUUCAGGAGCGUAUUACAACUACCAAGAAGGGUUCCAUUACUUCUGUCCAGGCUAUCUACGUGCCUGCUGAUGACUUGACAGAUCCUGCCCCUGCUACGACUUUUGCUCACUUGGAUGCCACAACUGUGUUAUCCCGACAGAUUUCUGAGCUUGGUAUCUACCCUGCUGUCGACCCUCUUGAUUCUACAUCUCGUAUGCUUUCACCUCACAUCUUGGGAGAGGAGCACUACAACACUGCUCGUGGAGUGCAAAAGGUUCUCCAGAACUACAAGAAUCUUCAGGAUAUCAUUGCCAUUUUGGGUAUGGAUGAGCUAAGUGAAGAUGACAAAUUGACUGUCGCUCGUGCUCGUAAGAUUCAAAGAUUCUUGAGCCAGCCCUUCCAUGUUGCUGAAGUCUUCACUGGUGCUCCUGGCAAGUACGUCGAAUUGAAGGAAAGCAUCACCAGUUUCCAGGGUGUCUUGGAUGGUAAAUAUGAUGACCUUUCUGAGCAAUCUUUCUACAUGGUUGGAGGAAUUGAAGAAGUCAUUGCCAAGGCUGAGAAGAUUGCCAAGGAAAAUGCUUAAGGAAAUUUGAGAUAAUUUGUUUUUUGACUUUCUCCUUUGGCCCUUUGCCGUGAUAAUUGCGAAAAUAAUUUUUAGUUAACAAUGGCUUUACCAGUUCCAGGAGUUGAGAAGGAUUUUUUUGGGAAGCCAAACAUAUGAACAAGGGUUUUUCCAUUUUGUCUUAUUUAUCUUUGUUGCACAAGUGUGAUGAUGCUCCAUUGAAGUGGAGCAGAGAGGGCUAGCCUGCUAGUAAUAUCCCCUUUCCCCCUUAGCUCCCUGUUAUUGAAUAAUGGGAGCAGGAGACAAGAUAUGGACACAUGUAUAUUUUUUGUUCUUUUUCCAUAGUCCAGAUUUUUGAAUCUUCUAA